GCCAUCAACGCUGUAUACCGAGCGAGUCGAUGUCAGCACCUCCCUUCUACAACGCACUGGCGAUUGGUCUCUGCGCACUGAUAGUACGCCUCUUUGGUCGGUUCCAAGAUUCACGCCGCUUUCGCAAGACUCAGGCUCCCCAAAACACCCUGACCAUGCUUGAGUAUUCUGGACGAGCAGUGAAUGGCCACCCAGCCCUGAAACUCGUGUCCGAGCUGUCAGCUCACCAAGACAAGGCCUGGCAUCUCGCCUGGAGUCCACGCAAACCCCUGCUUGCAACAUGCUCUUCUGACAAAAAUGUGAAGCUACAUAGAUUCAUCUUUCAACCUUGUCCUGCCUCCGCAUCAACGAUCAGCCCUACGUCUGAGCUGUCAAGAUCAGCAUCAGCCCUGUCGGCUUCCGUGAAAGUACAGUUUCAGCUGCAGGAAGUCAUUGUCACCGGCCAUAAGCGUACCGUUCGACAAGUUGCUUGGAGCCCGUCAGGGAGGACACUGGCUACAGCAAGUUUCGACGCAACGGUCGGAAUUUGGGAACGCCUUGAAGAACCUGCCAGGACAUCUGCUUCAAAUAAUCUUAGUGUCGACUUCGGCAGUAACAACCUCACCCGCCAGAACAGCUCUGGACAAAGUCAGAAUAACAGCAGCGCAUCCGAUGCACCAGAGUGGGACUGUAUCGGUACCCUCGAGGGUCAUGACAGCGAGUGCAAGAGCGUCGCGUUCUCUCCCAAGGGUGAUCUUCUUGCGAGCUGCAGUAGAGACAAGAGCGUCUGGAUAUGGGAGGUGCAUCCAGACUCAGAAUUUGAGUGUUUGAGCGUGUUGAUGGAACAUUCACAAGACGUCAAGUAUGUCGCUUGGCACCCGAGGGAAGAGUUGCUUGCAUCAGCAUCCUACGAUGACGUUAUCAAACUCUAUUUGGACGAUCCUUCGGAUGAUUGGUACUGUUAUCAAACGCUGACGGGCCACACUUCAACCGUCUGGUCCAUUGCGUUCUCCCCGUGUGGAAAUUUCCUUGCAUCAGCGUCAGACGAUCUCAGCGUCCGUAUUUGGCGACGCCUCACAGCAGCACAGGCGGAAAAGCAAGGUCUGAAGACGUACGGCCAGCAGCCUGGCCGAGCGGGAGAUCACUGGGCCUGCACCAAUAUCAUCAAAGGUUGGCACACCCGUACAAUUUAUUCAGUCUCUUGGGGUCAUAGCCGAAGCGGAUCCAAUGGAAGCCUUGGUCGCAUCGCCACAGGAGGGGGGGACGGCAACAUAUUUGUCUUUGAGAUUACCGAGUCUGAGGACACGGAGAAGAGCCUGGUCCCCACAGCGACACUGGCGGCAGCUCUAACCGAUGCACACGGCGUCAGUGAUGUCAACUGCGUAUCUUGGGCUCCGGCUUCCUUGGCAGGUGAUGAUUUAGCGGUCUUUCCUGACACGCUCGCAUCUUCGGCCACGGCCGUAGCGGCCGCUUCCGAAUCCUCGAAUGCAGCAGCCCGUUUGAGUGAUGUUCCUGCGAGCGCAGAUGACGCAACGAAGAGCGUCGUCACUGGCGAUCAUCGCUACAUGUGCGACCUUCUCGCUAGCGCUGGCGACGAUGGAUCUGUGAAGGUCUGGGCAAUGCCAACUUCUCCCUUUGUCCCAUUGGACUCACAAUAGUCUUCCCCCUUACGGCCAAAGCAGAAGCGACCAGCAAGGGAAGUCAAGCGAAAUUCACAACAGAACGUACACGUCACGCAAGCAUCAUUUCUUUGAAACAUCGCAUCUCGAUCUGAAUAAUCCUCACCAUCGUGAAUGAAGCAAUUUCUGUAUCCUAAGAAUGCAUUCAGAGGGAGUCAUCACCGCUCG